CGUAGUAGGUGCUGCAGCCCGGGCGGGUGGAUCGGACCGGAGGCCCCGACGACGCCGGGGUAGGUGGCGACUCCGCGCCGUGUAUUAAACCACUCCCUGCAACCUCCCUCCACGGCUCCACUUCACCGUUCUUUCUCCCUCACCAACCCGCCAACCAAACCUUCAUCUCCAAUGGCCGCGCCCGUGUCGCAGCCGCCGGUGGCCGCCAGGGCGUCCACGCGGUUCCUCCCGCGCGGGAUAGGCGCGCUCCCGGAGUCCGCCCCCGCGUCGCUCCGCUUCUCCGUCGGCCGCCGCCGCCGCGCCGCUCGCCUAGAGGUGAAGGCAUCGGGAAAUGUGUUCGGGAACUACUUCCAGGUUGCAACCUAUGGCGAAUCCCAUGGAGGGGGUGUUGGUUGUGUUAUCAGUGGCUGCCCACCCAGAAUUCCUCUCUCUGAGGCAGACAUGCAAGUAGAACUCGAUAGAAGACGUCCGGGUCAAAGUAGAAUAACAACCCCAAGAAAGGAGACUGAUACAUGCAAAAUUCUAUCAGGGACACAUGAUGGGAUGACUACUGGCACACCAAUUCACGUCUUUGUCCCGAACACAGAUCAAAGAGGCGGUGAUUACAGUGAAAUGGCUAAGGCGUACAGACCAUCCCAUGCAGAUGCAACCUAUGACUUCAAGUAUGGUGUCAGAGCUGUGCAGGGAGGCGGAAGGUCAUCGGCCAGAGAAACCAUUGGCAGGGUGGCUGCAGGAGCUCUUGCAAAGAAAAUUCUGAAGCUCAAAUCAGGAGUGGAGAUCUUGGCAUUUGUUUCUAAAGUGCAUCAAGUCGUACUUCCAGAAGAUGCAGUUGAUUAUGAGACUGUAGCCUUGGAACAGAUAGAGAGCAACAUUGUUAGAUGUCCUGAUCCAGAAUAUGCAGAGAAGAUGAUUGCUGCCAUUGAUAAAGUACGAGUUAGAGGAGACUCAAUUGGUGGGGUUGUCACAUGCAUUGCAAGAAAUGUUCCUCGUGGUCUUGGCUCUCCUGUUUUUGAUAAACUUGAAGCUGAACUGGCAAAAGCAAUGCUUUCUCUUCCUGCAAGCAAGGGGUUUGAGAUUGGCAGUGGGUUUGCUGGUACGGACUUUACUGGAAGUGAGCAUAAUGAUGAGUUCUAUAUGGAUGAGGCUGGAAAUGUGAGGACACGAACUAAUCGCUCAGGCGGUGUUCAGGGAGGGAUAUCGAAUGGUGAAAUUAUUUACUUCAAAGUGGCUUUUAAGCCAACAGCAACUAUCGGAAAGAAACAAAAUACUGUGUCAAGGGAGCAUGAGGAUGUGGAACUUUUGGCAAGGGGGCGCCAUGACCCGUGUGUUGUCCCUCGAGCUGUUCCUAUGGUGGAAUCCAUGGCUGCGCUGGUCCUUAUGGACCAGCUCAUGGCGCAUAUUGCUCAGUGUGAGAUGUUUCCGCUGAACCUUGCCCUACAAGAGCCCAUUGGCUCUGCUAGCAGUGCAUCUGAACUGGAACCAAACCUAUCAUAAUGUCUGUCGUGGAGCAUGGCCCUCUAGUUUUCCUUGUAUCGAAAUUCUGGGCUUUGCUAAGCAGUUUGCAGUUUUGAACCAGCAUAAACCCUCGAUCAUUGUAUCUAGAUAUUAUAAAGUGAAUGAAUAUAUCGAGACUGAAAUGCAUUAAUGUUUUUGUGAUGUUUAGACAUUUAUUAUAACAGAUAUUUAGCCA